AUGGGGAAGUUACUAUCGAAAAUCUUUGGGAAUAAAGAGAUGAGAAUCUUGAUGCUUGGUCUGGACGCGGCUGGCAAGACGACAAUAUUGUACAAAUUAAAAUUAGGACAGUCAGUAACGACAAUUCCAACAGUAGGCUUCAACGUAGAAACAGUGACCUAUAAAAACGUCAAAUUCAAUGUGUGGGACGUCGGAGGGCAGGACAAAAUAAGGCCUCUGUGGCGCCACUAUUACACAGGUACCCAGGGGCUCAUAUUCGUUGUCGACUGUGCUGAUCGUGAUAGAAUAGAUGAAGCGAGGCAAGAACUUCAUCGUAUCAUAAAUGAUCGAGAGAUGCGCGAUGCAAUAAUACUCAUUUUUGCCAAUAAACAAGACCUGCCUGAAGCAAUGAAACCCCAUGAAAUCCAAGAAAAACUAGGCCUCACACGUAUACGAGAUCGGAACUGGCAUGUUCAGCCAGCCUGUGCAACUAGUGGGGAUGGUCUUUAUGAAGGGUUAACCUGGUUAACAAGCAAUCACAAAUUAUAG